GAAGCGAUCGGCGCUGAGCUUGGCGCGCUGGGAGGAAGGGGAGACUCGGGGCGGGGUGGCUGGUGCUGCUGUUACUGCUGGAGCAAAGCAGGGGAAGCCUUUGCAGGGCUGUUGUGCCUCGCGCGCACCUGGGCAGCGGUUGUUCCCCCCCAAAAAAAUUGCACUUAAAACUGCAAAACCUCCGAAAUCCGCGAUGCUGAAAAGCUGCGGGAAGAAGCUUCUGCUGUCCCUGGUGGGCUCCAUGCUGACCUGCUUCCUGGUGCUGGUGGUGGACCAGCAGAAGGGGCAGGUGCUGAGCCUGGGGGGCGGCGGCGCCGGCCUCCUCCUGCAGCCCUUCGAGGGCUCCCGCGGCGACGCGGCGGGCUUGCGAACUGCAUUGCCCUCGGGGCAGAGCCACAACGAUGUGCGGAGCUUCAGCGCGUACUUCUCCAAGCUGGCCCGGGGGAAGGCGGAGGCGGCCUCGGCGGUGGGGGGCGGCCCGGAGGAAGGGAGGGCGGCCAGGCCGCAGCUGGAGGACAUUUCGCCCCAGGAUGUCUUCAUCGCCGUCAAGACCACCAAGAAGUUCCACAAGUCGAGGCUGGAGCUGCUGCUGGAUACGUGGAUCUCGCGCAACAAGGACAUGGUAAGGAGAUGGGGCCGCUGGUGCGGGUCUUUUCCCACCUCCCAGUUAUGGGAUGGAUGCUGUGCAUUUAUUUUUAAAUAAGAUGACUGCCAACAAAACAAAAACCCGAUGCACUGUUGCUGGAAGACUUGUGGUGGUGUUGGAUGAAUGCACUCUGUGCAUGCUCAAGGGUACACUCGGCUUCGAGCAUUGCUGGCGGUGCCAAAGCUGAGGGGACGGGACGGGAAAUGGGUUGAGGGGUUGUGCUGUGGAAACUCCCUCUUUUGGGGGUGCUGUGUUCCCGGGCAGCGUAUCUUCCAGGCUGAGCCUUGACCUGGAAACGAGUUUGUGGCGGCGGCAAGGAAGCCCCGGGAAACCCGCUUCCGCGCGCGCAGAGGCCCCUCGGAUCGCUAGCACCCAUCCAGAAAGCGCGGGUUGCCUGCAGCGAGUGGGCGGCUGCUGCACGGUGCCAGCCCGUGCCAACGGCGUGCUAAUGAGCAGGAAGGAUGCGGGCUGGCGAGUAACUGCAAGCCCAGCGCCUUGAUCUGUGCCGUCUCCGCCCUUGCCCCCCAGGGAGGGAAAGUGAGGCACGCUCCUCUGCCACAAGCCCACACAGCCAGCCAGCCUCCCUCCCUCCCUCCCUCUUUUGCUCCCCUCCUAUAAAUGGUUUCCGUCAAGGGAGGCUUAUUUCGCUUGCUUGAGUGCGCACACAUACAGGUUUUCCUUUUGUGGCUUUCAUUGUUUCCACGCGUUGCAGCAGGGCAAUAGUGCUUGCUUAAAAAGAGAGGUGUGUAUCUGAAGCUUGAAAUGCAAUCCCUACUCUGAAAUGGGCAGAACUGCUCUGUGGUUGACUCAAUGGUGAGAGAAAGGCACUCUGCACAUGCUCAAGCGGUCCCUUCCUCCCCAACCUAACCCUUUUCAGAGUGUGGAUGCCCUGUCAGUUACUCUAAAUGCAUUUCCCCCCUGCAAAUGGAGGCAACGGGGCAACAUAAUGUUAUCAGUUGAGAUUCUGUGAUAAAUUGAAAAGGGUGUCGGAUGGGGUGAGAGAUGCCUUGUUCUCCCUCUGGAGUCUAGUUUGCUCUAGGCAAUUUCUACAGAGUUGGUCAAGGGGAAGUGUGCGCACCCAAAUACCCAUAUUGGAUACCUGUUAAGGCAGACAGGCAUUCAAGGUUUUGACUAGAAGAGGUUUCUAUUCAAAACCUUGCAUGCCUGUCUGUUCUCCCGGCAAGAAAGCAUUGCACCGCACCACUGCAAGCAAAUGUGCAUGGAGUUGCCCCACCUGAGUCUUAUGCGGUUCUUGCCACUGUGGCUGUGAAUGCUGCCCUUAAACUGCUUUGCUAGGAAUUAAGUUCUGCAGCAGAUCGAAGUGGCCCCUGUCCCAGUACAGACCAGAUGUGAUAAUAGCACUUCAGAGACAGUGUGUGUCUCUGCCAGGGCCAGUCCAAGACAUUUUGGCACCUGAGGUGGACCCCCAAACUGGUUUCUCCCCCCUCCCCACCAGAGAAGGGGUGAGGGAAGAUCUACAUCAGGAUCUGCUGUCCCUGUGGAUCCUGCCACCUGAGGUGGUCACCUAAAUUGUCUCAUGGGUGGAUCAGCCCUGGUUUCUGCUACAUUUUAAAAACCACUUUCAGGCUUGAUUGACAGAAUUCUAGGGGACUGUCUGUCAAAAGGCUUAAGGCACUCUGAAAACAAGGCUUCUCAGCCUGAAAUGGCAAUUCUAAGGGGGAUGGUUAACUGUUUGAAUCUGGUGUCAGACCAGCUUACAAGGUGGAGAGUAGAGGGAUUAUUAUUAUUAUUACUAUUAUUAUUAUUACUAUUAAACACAUUGGCUUGUGUAGCUGAGCAUUCCUGUGACUGUUAGGUUAUGUGGAGCUGGCCUCGUUCCCCUUAGUGCAGGCUUUGCAACGUGUCCAGAUGUUUUGGACCACAGCUCCCAUCAGCAUCACUCAGCCAAAACAUCUGGAAAAGGCCAGGUUGGCAAAGCCUGUCCUAUAUAGCAUCUUUGCAAAGGUUCCCCCUUGGUGUGACUGCCAGGAGAGCUGCUUCAUUAUUUAAAUCUGCUCCCUAACAAACUGAUGGCUUUAAUGAUUCCCUCUUCUCAGGCUCCGGGUGCCUGUUUAUUCCCUCCUCCCCAAAUCUUCCCCUCCCUCUUUCUCUUCUCUGUGUUCUCUCUCUCAGGAAGAUUGGAGACUGAGGAGCAUGAAAUGCAAUUUGUGUCGCUGGACUGGGCUUUGUCAGAUGUAAAGUAGAGACUUAAGACCAGGCUCAUUUGCAUAAAGAAAAAGGGGAGGGAGGGGAAAAAGAAUUCUCAGGCUUGUUUUAGAGCCAAGAGGGGGAUGUCUUCAGUCACCAAGUUGCCCCCCUUUCCUAAACUGUGACUGGAAUUCCAGGAUGCCCCCAAAACAAUCGGAGAUGAAGAAUUGGGAAGUUUUGUGGCUUAAAAAAUUAGCAUUAAAGUGCUAGCGACUCUCAAAAAAUAUUAUUUAUACAACCAUUUUAAUUCUCCAAAUGCGGGUUCUUUUUUCCACUGUACACAGGUGGAGAAACUAAGGCAGGACAGAGAGAAUGACCAUUGCUGAUGGUGAAUUUUAGCACUGGUUUGAUCCACUUUAGUCCUGUGGAUCAAAUUAGUGCCUGAAGUUGCAUCUAUACAAAUGAUAGCCUGGGAGCCUGAAGUGUGCAACUACUUGGUAGCUUGCUCAUGUCUGCCACAACUCCAGAAAAAUCUUACUGCUACCCUUUUUUUUUUUUUUAAGAAACCUGGUGCAAAAGAGACAUGGAGGCAGUCCCUUUGUAAAUCCCCAGUUUUACAGUUUCCCCCGAACUCAGAGGAGUGCAAAAGCCAAAGGACAACUGCUUUCUGCUCCACGUAUUACCGUGGAGAAGGCAGCUAUCAUUGACCACAAUCCACAGUAUCUAUGAUCUCCCUCUGCUGUUGGAGGCUGGGAAUCCCAGGUGAGCGGAAGCAGAGAGCUGUUGCUCCUUCUUUCUGAUUUCCCACAGGCACCUGAUUAGCUACUGAGAGAGCAGGAUGCUGGCCUUGAUGGGCAUUUGAUCUGGCAGGGCUCUCCUUAUGCCCUUGCGCAGGGAGUAGGAAUUGGGUCUGUUUGCUUCAAACUGAGGAACGAGUAAAACAUCCCUAGUGGUUCAAGCAUCCCUAGUGAUAACUCCCUUAGCCUGUGGCAGCAGUGCCUUGCUACUGGGUACCCGGGUCUUUAGAGCAUCCUUCCAUCUCUCUCAUGGGCCAUUUCUCAUGGUCACUUUGCGUCUUGGCCACACAGCAGAGACGGUCCAGCGUGGAUCUCUAGCCGCUACACAUGUGUGGGAGCCCAGAGGUGGGCGAUGCCCCCAACACCUACCGACAAUCCUGGGAAAGGCUGGCCCCUUUCCCCCCUUCACGGAUUCCGUCUUUCUUCUGGGUUUUUUGUUCCGCCUUGUUUGUCCUCUCGGCCUUCCCAGAGCCUAGCGGCUCUGCUCUCACGCUGUCUCCCCAGGCAAGCUAACAAAGCCCCUUUUCUCCCGGGGGCUGAGAAAAGACUCGGCAGAAAGACUCUGCAGCCGCUUGUGUGGUGCUUUUCCGUGGGAACGGAGCGGAGGAGCUCACAGUGGCCAGGUCAGGUUGCCUAGAGAUGUUGUGGGGUGGGGGGUGUCAGGGGGAAGUGGGGCAAAAAUCCAGAUUGCCUCUUCUUGUCCUGGGUGUCUGAGUGACACCUCUCUCCUCCAGUGCUUGAGGUGUAGGCAAACUGAAUUUCCCAAAGCCCGUCUUGCAUCACAGCAGAGAGGGAGGAGAAUUGGUGAGAUCUCCCAACCUCUCCGUGCAGAUUUGCAUUCUCAGGUUCAAAGACUGACCUUCGGAAUCCUGAAAGUUUUGCAUAAUGCAGUGGCCUCUGGGGAAGACUGUAAACUCUCCUUGCCCACCCUCCAGAUUAUUUUUGAGGCUACAGCUCCCAUUAGCCCCAGGCAGCAUGACCAAAAUAUCCAAAAUAUCUGAAGGGCACCAGGAUGAGGAAAGUGCUGUAAGCCAAAGCUUUGUUCAAAGGAACUCCUUUGAUGGAUGGCGCUGGGCUGUGAAGGGUCAGCAAAUCUUGGCCUUGCUACAGCGCAGACUUAGACUAGUUUAGGGGUGAUUGGCACCGUAGCUUUGUGCAGUGUGUGGGGGGGGGGACCAGAGCUAGGGACCUCUAAUGGAACGAUCAGCUGGCUGCCUUGCCAAAAUGCCCGGCAUUCUCUGGGAUAAAGUCUUAGUUAAAACUAGCCUGUAAGCUCCACUGAUUUAUAGCUUUGAUAGGAGCUGACUCUUUGCUCGGAGGUAACCUGAGUUUGCAACAGUCUUUUCUCUCCGCGCCCCCAAUAUGUGUUCUGUUUUUAAGUGGAUCGGGGCUCCCACACUUCCGUAUCAGUGCUGAUGUGCUGCAACAGUAGCAGGUGAUGGUCCUUUGUGGAUAUAUCUAAAACUUGAGCAUGUCACAUUGUGAACUGGAUCAGACAAGCCAGGCUCACAGACUCUUCUUCCUCCUCUUUCCUGGAAGAGGUUCAGAAAAGGGAAAGCCAAAUGAAUCAGGUUGGGGAGCAAACUCCGCUGGGGGGAAGGGUUACAACAUUUUGGGCUUCCUGGUUGCUGGGGGGAAAUGAGGUGAAUAAGGGAGGAUGGUGGCAGAGGUACGUAGAAUGAGGCGUGUUGUGGUGGAAGUGGAUCGGGAGAAGCUUUUCUCUGCAUUGGAGGACAACCUGAACACUGGGAGAUUCAGCACAGACCAAAGGACGUUCUUCUUCACAGAAUGCUAUUUUGUUGUUGUUGUUGUUUAGUUGUGUCCGACUCUUCGUGACCCCAUGGACCAGAGCAUGCCAGGCACUCCUGUCUUCCACUGCCUCCUGCAGUUUGGUCAAACUCAUGCUGGUAGCUUCGAGAACACUGUCCAACCAUCUCGUCCUCUGUCGUCCCCUUCUCCUUGUGCCCUCCAUCUUUCCCAAUGUCAGGGUCUUUUCCAGGAAGUCUUCUCUUCUCAUGAGGUGGCUAUGGAAUCUGCCAACACCACAUGUAGGGAUGAUCGCCCACAUGGAUGACUUUGGAAAAGAGUAUUAGAGCAAUUCAUGAAGGAUAAUCAGUGGCCAUUGGCCAUGAUUGCAUCCUGCCUCGUCUGUCUGAGGCUGAAUGCCAGUUGCGGGAAAUCUCAGGUGGGGAGACAUUGUGCUCAGGUCUCACUUGUGGGCUUCCAAGAGGCACCUGGUUGGCCCCCCGGGAGAACAGAAAGCAGGGCUAUGUGGGCCUUUGGCUGGAUCCAGCAGCCAAGCUCUUCCUACAACCUUUUAACAGUUGAUCUCUUGCUAAUCAUGAUGUACCCUCUUUCUCAGGGUGGGAAUUGAGUUGACUGUAGCCGUGGGACCUCUCUUCUCUAGACACCAUUUCCUCCUCCUUGUCUUCUCUGGUCCGUAUUCGCACAGCUUCUCUCUGGCAUGGAGACUUUUACAGGCUGCAAGCAGAGCGGGGAAUUCCUUUGGAAUUGCCACAAUUGCAUCUUGCCAUUGACAUGUGGGUGGAAUCCCUUUUCAUGUUCUGUAAUGAUGAGGGAUGUCUCCCCUGGACUCAAGACAUGCUUCAGUUCAUGUACCUUGCCAUUGUACACAUGUUCUGCUUCAAAAGUCAACUCUGCCAUCAUAAGAGCAUAAGAAGAAGGUCCAUCAAGCCCAGCAUCCGGUUCUCACAGUGGCCAACUAGAUGCCGGUGGGACACCAGCAAGCCAGACCUGAGCACAAGCGCAACUCUCGUCUCCUGUGACUUCCAGCAACUUGGAUGCAGAAGCAUCACAGCUUCUCACCAUGGAGGCAGAGCACGGCAGCCCAAGACAUUUGGGUAUCUGAGGCGAACCACAGAAUGGCAGCCCCUUUCCCUCCAGGGAUGAUGGGGUGAGUGAAGAUCUACUUCAGAACAUGGAAGGAAUGGCUGGCAAAAGGCCCCCUGUGAGAGGCAGGGAAGGAAGGAUCUCCCAGGGUGAAGGAAGAAAGGGAAGCUCCCUUUCUGCGUGAGAUGAGGGUUAAGAUUUACCGUUGGGAGAGGGCAGAGCCAUUGAUAGCCUUCUCCCUCUUGAGUUUGCGCAAUCCUCUUCUAAAGUCAUCCAAUUUGGUGACCCUUCGUUGCUUCCUGUGGGAGUGAGUUCCUUUUUUAAAAAAAAUAGUAUUUAUUAAAGUUUUAAGUUUACAAAAAGGCAAAAGUACAAACACCAAAUUAAACAAUAACAAAACCAACACAUCACAAUAAAAAACAGAAAGAUAGAAACAAUUAAAAACAAAAGAAAAAAACACACAAAUCGAACCUUCCCAUAACUUAUCUUUCAUUUGCUUGUUUCCCUGACCACCUCACACCUCCCUUUUUUGUAUUCUAAGUCAAUUAUCCAUUUCAGCAAAUCCUUUCCCUCUCUUCAGAAUUUUUAUUCUGAAAAUUUAUCUUAAUCUUGAUAUAAGUUUACUUUCCCUCUUUUCACCAAUUGACAGUCUAUUUUUCUUAAAUCUUUGAUACAUUUUUGCUAAAAUCACCUAGAUUCAUUCCAACAUCAUUCUAACAUUCAUUAAUUUUACAAUGUUUCUGUAAAUAGUCUUAAAAUUUCUUCCAAUCUUCCUCCACCAACUCUUCUCCCUGGUCUCGGAUUCUGCCAGUCAUUUCCGCCAGUUCCAUAUAGUCUAUCACCUUCAUCUGCCAUUCUUCCAGAGUGGGUAGAUCUUGUGUCUUCCAAUACUUUGCAAUAAGUAUUCUUGCUGCUGUUGUGGCAUAGCCUGUGGGAGUGAGUUCCACAGUUUAACUAGGCAUGAAGAGAGAAUCUCUCUCAUCCUGGAUCUUCCAGCUUUCAGUUUCAAUGGAUGCCCAUGAUUUGGAGUUCGAGAGAAGCUUUUCUCUGUCCACUUCCUCCUUGCCCUGUGUAUAUCUAUAAACUCCGACCACCCAUGUUGCUUCUUGCUUGCCGUUUCUUUGAACAAAAGAGUUCCAAGCGCUGCUACCUUUCUUCACAGGGAAAUGUCUCCAUGAAGAUUGUGUCAAUAAAACAGCUUUCCCCCUGAAGAACUUAUACUGUUCUUCAGCUACACUGGCACACUGCCCUACCAUGGUGCGUUGGGUGGCAUCCUGGCAUGGCCCUUUCCGCAUUGCCUCCUCUUUAGCGAAGCCAACCAGCCGGCCGGGGGGGGGGAGGGGAAUCGUGUCAACUUCACUGAAGUUCCUACACUGUCUUGUUUUCAAACUAUUGCCGUGUGUUCCAGUUCUGAUGUGCCUACCUGCCCUUUCCUUGUGUUUGUGUGUAAAGGGAAAUGACUGGUGCGUAGAUCAUAGGGAGCUAUUUUGGAGUCGAGACCGAAAAGAAAGGAGAGCUCAACAUGUGGAAAAAAGCCGUUUGCAAAUGUUUGAGGGAAAAGCUGAAUGUUUGUUUUCCAAGUCUGCACACUGGAAGCAGAAGGUGGGGGAGUCUGCCUUAAGGGGUUUAUCUAAAGCACGAGGUCUUGCUGCCCCUCCCCCAUCAACCUGCCAUUUAUUAAACAUCUCCCUAAAGCUUAUCCUUCCUCUUUUAGCUGCAUUCAGGCUGUUUGCAAAAGUGGUUGUGAGAUGUUAAGAUCUAAAACCGAACAUCCUUCCUUCCUGUAGUUUGAAUGCAAAGAGUAGGCAGUAUGUUCAGGUCUUAGCUAUGCUUCAGAACCCACAAACGAGCCGAGUGCUGUAGACUUACCCUAUUCAUGCAGAAUGAGCAAAAUGUGUAAUUUGGCAAAUGAGUCCUCUCUCCAUUUGACCUGGCAUUCCUAAGAACCAGUUAAUUCCUCAAAUCAUGAGAAGGGCUUCCUAAACCAUCCUUUUGGGGAUGCUGGUUCACAUGGUCUUUUUUUAAUUGCACACACAUAGGUAGGUCAGGAGAAUGACCUCUUGGUCCCCUGUUGGUUGUCACCAUCCCUGAGCAGGCCUGGGCAAGUGAGCUUUGUGACCUUGGUCCUGUUGUGAGGGGGAAAAAGAGUAACACAAUGAACUUUGUUUCAGGCUUGUAAGUGGUGACUAGCCUGAUCGCCUGCAUGGUGAGUAAGAAUCUCCUCUGGGUGACUAGGCAGUGAGAGCUUCACAAGAGGGUCCUACUUUGGCCAAAUACCAGUAGCUAUUUCCUGCAGAUGCUCAGUGCAUUUGUAUUUACAGUGGUAUCUCGGGUUACAUACGCUUCAGGUUACAGACUCCGCUAACCCAGAAAUAGUACCUCGGGUUAAGAACUUUGCUUCAGGAUGAGAACAGAAAUUGUGUGGCGGCAGCAGGAGGCCCCAUUAGCUAAAGCGGUGCUUCAGGUUAAGAACAGUUCCAGGUUAAGAACGGACCUCCAGAACGAAUUAAGUACUUAACUCGAGGUACCACUGUAUUUGAUGAAAUUUAUAUACUGCUUGAUUGUUAUAAAACCACGAUGGUUUACAAGAAAUAUGAAAAUUUUAGAUAAAAACAGUUAAAACCAAUUUAAAACACUUAAAGGUAAUUUCAGUUAACAGUAGAAAAGACUGUUGUGCAGUCUCUUUUUAUGUUCUUAUGACCAGGAGAUGGUGGAGGGCUUUGCAGUAAGCUUGUAACUUAUGUUUAGCUUUAUGCACUAGACAAUAAAUAAAAGGGGGGGGCAGCCGGGGAAAAGGCUUUGGCAAACACACCCACCAUUGCACCCAAUCUGUUUUGAAUAUAUACAAUUUGGGCUUUAGGCGCGACCCCCAGAACGUAACCCCCACAUCAGUUGAGGGCAUACUGUACUUCCCCACAGUGUCUUGCAACAGCCGUCCAUAUAUAUAGCCAGAGGGCAACUGUUUAGUUCCAGUAAAGCAGCUCUGACUGUGUAUGGUUCCCCUUUUACCACCACCCUGCCGGGGUUUGCUGCCACGUAAACUGCUUACGGAAAUACCCUCCCAGACACCAAAGCUGCUAAUAACUUGAGGGCUUGGUGAUGUUUCUAGCAACUCUCAGCAGGCACCGCCAGUGGUUGACGGCCACAGUUAGAAUAACUUUGUUUCAGAUGAGAACACACAAAGAAUUAUUUUAUGUACAGUGGUACCUCAGAUUAAGUACUUAAUUCGUUCCGGAGGGCCGUUCUUAACCUGAAACUGUUAUUAACCUGAAGCACCACUUUAGCUAAUGGGGCCUCCUGCUGCUGCCACGCCCCCGGGGCACGAUUUCUGUUCUCAUCCUGAAGCAAAGUUCUUAACCUGAAGCACUAUUUCUGGGUUAGCGGAGUCUGUAACCUGAAGCGUAUGUAACCUGAAGCGUAUGUAACCCAAGGUACCACUGUAUAGCAUGGAGGCGGUUGCAUUUGACACAAUGCAUGUACAGGGACUAGCGGUUAACACACUGUGCAAUUGGAUCCUGCCCCUUGUUUUGUGCACAAAGCAACUUUCUGACCCCGCACCUAUCAGUUUCCUGCUCUGCCUCUAAACGAAGGUCUUGCACUUCUAGUAAUGGGAUAGCCGAAUCGGUUACCUAUUGCAACCUUUUCAAGAGUGAGCAGCCCUUAAAUGAGUGAAGCUUUGUUAAAGAGCAGACUCUGCUUAUGGCAAACACACACUCAGAGAUGCUCGCAGGUAAGGAAGCAAUAAAGUUGUCCAUUGUAGGAAAUUUAUAACUUGGAGAAAAGAGUUUGUGGUUCUAGUCUCACCACCUGGUCUAGAGAAGAACAAGACAGCCAUGCCUGCUCCUUUGCUCUCUGAAGACUGAGAAAUGUGAGGAGGAGGAAGUUGUGAGCAGGAUGCAACCCGAGAAUAUCGGUCUCAUAUGAGAGAGGGAGUGAGAGGGUUCGUUUCAAGAGGUUAAAGAUAUCUGUCCCUCACCCCAUCGGUGUAAACCAUGGGUAGGCAAACGAAGGCUGGAUCCGGCCCAAUUGCCUUCUAAAUCUGGCCCGCAAACGGUCCAGGAAUCAGUGUGUUUUUACAUGAGUAGAAUGUGUCCUUUUAUUUAAAAUGCAUCUCUGGGUUACUUGUGGGUCAUAGGAAUUCAUUUUUCCCCAAAAAAUAUAGUCUGGUCCCCCACAAGGUGUGGGGGACAGUGGACCAGCCCCCUGCUGAAAAAGUUUGCUGACCCCUGGUUUAAACCCAUGAGAAAAAUCAUAUGCUCUAAGGUGAGUUGCACCCAAACUUCCAACAGCUGGACUACUUAACUCCCAUUUCUGCAACACACACCAGCCAUCAUUUCCAACUUUACCAUUGUGAGCCUUGUGAUGUUUUGGCCUACACCAGCGUUCCCACUUGGGUCCCCAGCUGUUUUUGGACUACAACUCCCAUCAUCACUACCUAGCAAGACCAGUGGCCAGGGAUGAUGGGAAUUGUAGUCCAAAAGCAGCUGGAAAACCAAGUUUGGGGAACACUGGUCAGCAGUGUGUCCAUCGAUGCCGGCUGGGGCUGAUGGCAAUCAUAGUCCAGAACAUCUGGAGGGUGCCAGGAUGGCGAAAAGCUGGCAAUGAGGACUCGCAUUUUCUCCCCUUCCUAGCUUCUCUUUUGCAUCUCACUGUAAUCCAACUCUGGCAGAAGCUCUUCCGAUGAUCUAGCCCCGAGGGGAGAGUCCAGUCCGUGGUUUUGGGCUGCUGUUGUUUUUUUGGAAGUGGUUUCUUAAGAAUUGUGGCCUAUUCAGUGUGGAAAUACUCUGGAAGCCAGAGGAGAGGGGAGAGGACUGCAAUGCCAGGGAGCAGUUGGGGGAAGGGAAGGAGAUGAAUACAGAUGCAAGCUAAUCCAAACUUAGCAAAUUCCUGCUGAGUCGAGGGAUUUGCCUUAACAGGAUCACACAAGAAAUCGUCUUAGUGUGCAGAGCCGAAGAAGAGAGACCUCAGCGCUGAGGAAAGCGGGUGGUCUGGGUUUUCUGCCAUUUGCAGGCAGCGCCAGCUGCGGAUCUAGGGCUGCCCCUGGUCCAGUGGUGUGGAAACAAAGCUGGCGCAGCCCUGGGAUGACCAGCCCUCCUGGCAUAAGACUUGGUCGCCGGAAUGGGGUAUUGUUCGAUCUUUAAGCAGCAAUUUUUUUGGACUAGCUUCUCCCUGGUUGCCAUGCUUUGCUGCUUCAUCUUCUUUAAAAUAAGCUGCCAAGAGUCAGGCCUGCAGGGGAUCCCUGCUGCCACCCCCAAAGCACAUUUGCGCUCCUUAGUCCUAAAAUGAUCACUUUAACUGUAGCUCAGCAGAAAAAACCAGCUGCUUUGCAUGGUUCAAUCUCUAGCAUCUAGGGCUGCGGAAGACUCCCCACCUGAAAUCCUAGGGAGCUGCUGCCAGUCAGUGUGGGCAAUGCUGCACUAUAGAUGCACCAGCUGUCUGAUCCAGCAUAAGGCAGCCUAUAAAGAAGGGCCCAUAGCUUAGGGGUAGAUCAUCUGAUUUGCAUGCAGGAAAUCCCUGGCAUCUCCUAUAGGGUUGGGAAUAUCCCCUGCCCGAAACCCUGGCUGCCAGUCAGUGUGGUCACAACAGAGAGUGGUGCAAGAGCAGCCUUUGGAAGCCAUGAGAGCUUGAGAUUUUGCUUUUGUGUGCAUUGAAGUUAUUCAGUCCCACAUCCUAUGCUCAUACAGACACGUGAUGGAAUACAAGUGUAUAUACACACACGUGUGUGCGCGCGCGCACACCCGCCCAUCAUGACUGACCUGCUCCAUGUUCUCUUUUGCAGAACGGUUAAAUAAUUGCCUUGCCCUCCCCUGACUUUCCUCUCUCCGCAAGGCAUGCAUUUGCCUUCGGGACAGCGCAUUCCUAAGCAGCUGCGGCUCCCAAAUUUUCAUAGCGCCUUGGCUGGAGUCCCUGCCCUGGGGGUUAAUAGCUAGCUAGGGUGCGUGCCAUGCGCUCCGCACAUGCCCCACAAAGCCCGGUGCGCUUCUGUGUACAGAAGAAACAGGGCUGUGUUUACUGUUUACACUCCAAACACAGGUGUGACCCGGUGCUCCCAACCAGUUCUGGCCACUUUGCUGGGGCAGAGUGGGAAGGACUUUUCAGUGGGAGCCUAGGUCCUGUCUCCCUAUGGUCCUAGGUCUGGGGGUGGGGGCUGCUGAGUGCCAGCGAUUCCAGCUAAAUUUAGGAGUGGGAGAUUCCCAGAGCUGCGCCCCCACCCUCAUUCCAGGAUAAUGGAGACUUUGCAUAGAUUGCACCUCCCUUUAGCACAGCACCAAGCCUGCUUAAAAGGGGGGGGGGAGAGAUAGAGAUAGGAGAUCUGGGCAGGCCAAGGGAAGGGCUCCUUUGCACAGUGCAGAGUUAACCCUAUGGAAUCCUUUUUCCACCUGUGGUGGAACUGCCCACCAGUAUUCAAAUUCUGGACUAUAGUUUGUCACCAAAUGAGCAAAAUGAUCAAGCAUCCCAGUCCAGCUUCAUAGAACUGUAGCGUUGGGAGGCACCCCCUGCGAUGCAGAAAUCUCAACUAGAGCACCCAUGGCAAAUGGAUUUGUUUAGUAAGUCUAUGAGGGAUGAUCAGCUGAAAGGUUUGAGCCCUCAGGAACUGUUGACAUGGAUGCUGGCAGCUGCCAGAACCUCAGUUGCCCCCAAAUGGAAAACCUUCCUGGAUUUGCGACUUUUGCUUUGUUGUGAAAAUAUGCGGAGUUUAGCAUUAGCUGAAAAAACAACAACUCAUAAAUGACAUGUUACCCAAAGCUUGGAGGACCUGGAAAAAAAUAAUUCUGGGAUUUAAUUUUACAUGCAGCAAAUAGACACAUAGGACUCCCUCCCCAUGACAAAAUGUAAAAAUUUGGCUUUCCCAAUGGUCUCAAGUCCUUUGCCGACCAAAUAUUAAGACUUUCACAGGUAUACUGCACCGCUUUUUUGUAGCUGUAGUAUUUCUAUUGUAUUAAUUGGUCGGAUUUACUUCAAUAAAAUAUUUCGUUUAGACACAUCCAUGGGAAAGAAAAGGCUACCUAUGACUACUCGUCACAUUCCCACUGGUCCAUCUGCAGCUAAAGGUUGCCUACACUGGCUGGCAGCAGCACUCCAGGGUUUCAGGAAGUCCCUGCCUUGAUAUUGAACCCAGGAUGUCUUGCGUGUGCAGAGCAGGUGCUGGACUGCUGAGAUGCAGUUUGUUCAGCACGGUUGGCUUGCCACAGCCUCCCCUUCCAGGCUGGCUUCCUGGCCCAGUUCUCCCAUUGCCUUCAUGCUUUGCCAGCACCCUAUUGGGGGGGGGGGAGGGUUUGAUCUGUGCAUAGUGUCAGUGCUGCUAAUCGGCUGCCCUAGGCGAUGUGGCAUUUCCAUUCAGGGCUCCAUAAUAGCUCUUGAAAGCAAAGUCCUGGAGAGGAAUCUGUGGAGUGCGGUCGGUGUGUGUGUGUGUGUGUGUGUGUGUGUGUGUGUGUGAGAGAGAGAGAGAGAGAGAGAGAGAGAGAGAGAGAGAGAUGUGUGGGCAUCUAAUUGCACAAGGCCCUUCAUUGUCCUGCAUUGGGGGUGGGGGCUUAUUAAACAUAAUAGCACUUAAAAUUAGAGGGUCUUCCAGCUUCUCAAGAGCAGAGGAGCAGGAAGAGAGGGAGGGAGGCAAGGAUCAGGGGCACCUGUGUCUCUUUAGCAAUGCCUUGCAGCCCCAUGGCUCAAGAUCAAAUCCUGAGUCCUGUCCCCCCUCCAAGGGCCUGAGAGGGGUUGCAAAAGGGUUUUGCCUUUUGCAAAGAGAUAAUGGGCUGCUCCAAAACGGUUGUCUGCGUCAGCCUGUUUUGUACACAAGGGCUGGGUUCGAGUUCUGUCUUUUCAGUAAACAAUGCCCCAGGCAGAAUACUUUGUUCCUCCAGCUGCUGAUGUCUUCCUCCCCCCCCCCCCUUUCUUGGCACCAGGGACUUUUCCAGCUGUCCGGGAGAGAGACUGCAAAAGGGACUAGAACUAUCCAGCCCGACUGGUCCGCCCAUCCAGUGGGAAUUUCAAAAGUGCAGGCAUUCUUGUAGAAAUAUCUGCUUGGAGCCAUUUGGGGCUUAAAUCUGCAGCCUCUCCCCACUCAUGAUUAGUGCUAAAGGUGUUAGCAGAGGUGGGGAUAAUCUUCGGAAAGAAUAAUUCUGGGAGAAGUCCAGACUUUUCUUCUAUGCAAGACUGCACAAAUCAGAAUACAUAUCCCCCUUCAUCUUUUUUGUUAUUAGGAACUAAUUUCACUGGUGGAAAAGCUGCUUUCAGGCAUGUGUGGGUGAUUGUGGGGUUCACAACUGAGGCAGUUAGUGUGGGGGUGCCUUGAUCUGAGGUCGCGGGAGGUCAAAGACCCAGUACAAUUUCUGCAGCAGGGUCUAGGGCUGGUAUUUUCCCAACCAUGAGGUCUAGAAAGUUUUGUCCUUUCAAAACCAAAACAGAUUCUCCGAGAGCCAAGUCCCUUGCCAGACCCUGUUCCAAUUUGUUUCAAGCAUCACAUCCGGUUCUUCUCGGACCUCGAGCACAGACACCACAGAUCUACAAAGUACAGUGGUACCUCCGGUUAUGGAUUUAAUUCAUUUUGGGGUGCUAUGAGCCCCCUGAAAAAUCCGUAACUAGAGGUGCUGCUUCUGUGCACGCACGCGGCGCGAUAGAGCGCUUCUGCACAUGCGUAUACACUUCCGGGUUUGCCGCGGCCGUGACCCGAAGAUUCUGCAACCUGGAGGUUACGCAACACGAGGUACCACUGUAAAGACAGCAGGCAAUUUUUAGCCCCCAGGGCACUAGCUGGGAGCACGCUCUCCUCCUCCAGAAAUCAAAAUGGGGUGAGCGAGAGAGACUGUGCGUCAUGCAGUUCUGCAGAAAGGCAGGUCAUGGGGUUAAUUUCAUCACACUAAAUUGCUUCAGUUCCUUAAACUGAGAUUGCUGUCUCUGCAGAAGUGGGCGACGAGGGGGAAGAUUUCUGCAAUCGCAAGCUGGUCACAUGGCUUGAUAAAUCUUGCGUGCGUGUUCUACCUUCCUGUAGAUACUUUCGAUGGCUGCUGUGAAAUGUGACCGCAAAUGGCAAGAAGAGGAAAAAUCCCACCCCCCUUGUACCCAUCCGCUGCCGCCUCCCUGGGGCCUCGCUGCUCCCUGCUGGGGGGAGGGGUGCCCUUUGCCAGUCCUCUUGCGGGACUUUUUCUCUACUUGCAGUUCUUGGCCUUUGCCUCUGCCAGGAAGGGGAAAUGAUUCACAAACCAAAAGAGAAAUGGGACCAGUACAAGGGCAGGAGGAGAGGGAGAGAAACAGGCUCUCAUUGCUCAGCUGGGCCGAAGUCAUUCUCCUGCUUACCUAGUGGCAGAGCUGGUGGAGCUGUGGUCCUGCAGCUGCUGUCUGCCAGACACAGCUGAGGCAGCCCCAAGUAUCCCUGGAGGAGCGUCUCCACCCCCAUUGUUCUGCCCGGACACUGAGGUCCAGCUCCGAGGGCCAUCUGGCGGUUCCCUCCCUGCAAGAAUUGAGGUUACAGGGAACCAGGCAGAGGGCCUUCUCGGUUGUGGCUCCCGCCCUGUGGAAUGCCCGCCUGUCAAAGGAAAUAAACAACUAUCUGACUUUUAGAAGACAGCUGAAGGCAGCCCUGUUUAGGGAAGUUUUCAAUGUUUGAUGUUUUAUCGUGUUUUUAAUACUUUGUUGGGAGCUGCCCAGAGUGGCUGGGGAAACCCAGCCAGAUGGGUGGGGUAUAAAUAAUAAAUUAUUAUUUAUAAGUAAAGGACUGGUUGAUCAAACAACCAACCUUGUCCUGGGGUUAACAAAGGACACUGCUGAACGGCAGUUGAUUGAGGGCAGCUGGGUGCAACAUCUAUAAGUUGUCGCCCCCCACCGAAAUAUACCAUCCUCUUCUCCCUGCCCACUUUCAGUAUGGAUCUACUAUUUGGUGGGGGGGUGUCUUGGGGUGGGGGUGUUAACUUACUGGUUUUUCUGCAGAAAUGACAAAACUGGAUUAAAUGGGGAAAUAAAGGCACUUUGAUGCCGGUGACAUUUGCAAGAAAAUGUGCAUGCAUGUGCAGCCCCCAGGUCCAGAAUAAACUGGCAAGGAGUGUGGAUGCUUCUGGUCCUGUUCAUGCAGAUCCAUGCACCCAUUGCAGGCACAUCAGUGCACUAUGAAGACUAUAGCCUGCCGUUUCAGCAGGCCAGCCUUCAUACAACUGUGGUGUAUGAUAUAGCACACCAUAUAGGAGAUGGGGCGAAGUGUUGUCUUUGCGUCCUUCUGGCCCUGCUCUGCGCGCUCUCCCAAUUCUUUUGCCUGGUUGGAAUGUGUCCUUGAACUAAGGCCCCUGGUUUGCCUGGACGGAGAGAGAGUGAGAGUGAGAAAGAGUGUAGAAACCUUUGUGAUUUUUGCACGGCUGCUGCAUGAAAGUUAAGAGGUGCAGCCAUUGCUCUGCUUCAGAUCUUGCCCACAGCUGGCACACAGCCCCCCAAAGAGUUGCCCCACAAGCAAACACAGCCCUUCCCCCUUCCUGGGCUGCUCCCUCUUGUUGCAGAGAAGAUCCAGGCAGAGAGGAACUUUUUGCAUGGACAGCAGCGGAGGUGGAGUUCUUUGGCCUGGGUGCUCAAAUCAUCCAAGAGAGGCCCAUUGCUUUACCCGGCCAGGGAUUGACCACCGUGUUUUAUGUUAUAUAUUUUAUACAAUGCUUGGUGGUGGAAAAUGCUCCAAGCAGAGUUUGGAGCAAAGGAACAAAAAGCUGGAAGGUUUCUGCUGCUUUAAGAGAGUGCAGGGUCUGUGGAGCCUGGCAUCUCCCUGAAGGUCUGCUGCCCCAGUGGAGUCCGGCUGGCUCUGAAGGAACAUUGUCCUGGGCUUUCUUCUGGUGGGUGUCUGCUAUUGUUCCUCGGGGCUCUUUUCUUUUUUUGCAUCCUGUGUUUCUUUAAAUUGCAGCCUUCAGAAACAAUGAAGUUUCCUGCGUGUCCCCAGGCCAGGGUCCUCAGACAAUGCCGCCCACUGAGUAAGCACCAGAGAGGAAAGAGAAACCCUCUUUCUUAAGCUUUAAAAGCUCUCGCUUGGGAUGGGGAGGGGAGAACAGCAGCAGCAGCAGCAGCAGCGGUGGUGGAGAUCUGCACCGGGAUCCUUGCUGGGAGGGCCCUGAAAAAGCUGCCUGAAACCUCACUCACGCGUUGGGUCAGAUCCAGAGCAGGGACAGUUGCAUUUGACUUAAAUGGGACUUAAGUCAUAACUAACAUUCCCCCAUUAAUUUCAGUGGCCUUCGCUUGGAUUCAUUGAUGGGAGCUGGGUAGAAAUAUGCUUUAAAGAAACUUAAAUUUAACUUUUUAUUUGGUGGGGGAGGCUCAGUGGUAGAGCAUUUGCUCUGCAAGCAGGAGGUCCCCGGUUCAAUUUCUGGGGACUGUCCCCUGCCUGACACCUGUUGUAAACAAAAAUCUGCCCUUUUCCCCUUAUGGGGUAUCCAAGAGCCCAUAUAGAGUCCUUACGUGGGUUCCCUAUUGGUAGGAGAAAAUAACAGAGGCCAACCAGAGAAUAUUGAGAAGCAAAGCAGCUAGUAAGCUUGAUCUGUUGCAACAGGGUGCUCCCCUCACACGCAGGAAAGGAGGAGGAACCCACAAUAAAGGUGUGCCUGCCCUUAUAUAGACAUUUUAAAUUCCCUGCCCUGGAGCUCCAGACCACCCCUCCAUACAUCAUGCAUACAUCACAGAAGGGGAGUAACCCAAGACCACCACCCCCCCAGAUACACCAUACCUACAUCACAGAAAAGGCCGUCUACCGCAGAAAUCUGAGUGCGUUGUUUAUCUCGUCUGACAGAUUACCUGUUAAUGCUCACUUGAUUGGAUACCCUGGGGAGCCUGGCCAGUCUUUCGUAAUGAUAAAUACUUAGUUCCUGAGCCAGGUCACAGGCGCACCCUAUUCAAACACAGACAGACAUACCCUUAAGACAGGAUUUGUGAAGGAAAAGACAAUGGGGAGGCUUUUCCAUUUUCCUUUGACCUUGCAGAGAAAACAUUUAGUCAGUUUGGGAAUCAAAAAUGUUUUCAGGUCAGUCUUCCUGUGCUGAUCUAUGUACGUGCUUGGUUGGUACAUUUAUUAUAUAUCUAAGACUUUAAGACUGCUGGCAAUACUGAGAUGGAUGGACCAAGAACCCAGGCAGUAUCCUGUGUCCUUUUAAGUGCAUGCUUAAAAAUGCAUGUGCAUCAUCCAGGUAUAUUUGUUCAAGUGCUGGGCUGGAUUUGUUGCUUCAUAAAGUCUAGCUGGCUCUCGUAAGCAUGCCAGGGCCGGCUGCCUCUUGCAUUUCAGUCCAGUUGCACAAUGUUGUCAUCUCCCCAUCUUCGGGACAACAAAGGAGGCCGGGUUAAGUUUUACCUGCGGCCUUCAGGAUUGUCUGCAUUCUACCUGCCUGUGUGUAAUGGCUGAGCUGUAAGAAACACAAGUAAAUGACGUGUAAAAGAGUGGGUGACAUUGAGAGAGACAGAGAGAAAGAGCAAUUGUUCAGAUUUUAAUUGAAUUUCCUGGCUGGGUUCCUACUGAGCGGCAGGAAGGGGCUGGAUCGGAGAGGGUGGGAGGCAGGGAGCCUGCAGAGACAAGAUUGUUCUCAGAGGUGACACUGAGGGUUGUGGACAGGCUGUACCCUUCCUGUCCAGGCAGCGGGGGAGCCAAGCAGGGAGGCUGCGGCAACUCUCCAGCGCUGGCUUCCAAAGCCUUGCAGGGUCUCUUCCUGUUGCAAGAACUCGACAGAGGGUCCUCUUGCCCUACUGGACUCUCCCAGGGUGCAAGUUGGGUGCUGCUGGUGGCAUGUUCAGGAUGAACUGUUCUGAAGCAGUCCAGUAAAAAAAAUAAAAAAUGGCAAAAUAAUAAUCUCCUCCUGGUCUUUUUAUAGCAGCACGAGGAUUAGCUAAGGGGCUAUUUUGGGAGCAGGCUAACGAAGACACAGUCGCUGGAGACGGCACAUGCCUGAUCUAACCAUGUAAACAUUUCCCUGUUUUUUCAAUGAAGUUCCCAGUCCAGGCUCACAAGCUGAUGCCGAUCUCUGAUCUCUUCUUCCCUGCUGCUGUUUCCGCUUUCCCCAUCCAUGUUCCACAUUUGGGGUGUGUAUUUUUAAACCCCCCCCCAUGUUGAAAGAAUGUGCAGGAUGGGGGGGGGGUGUGAUGGUGCCUCUGCCGCCUAGCCCUGCUUUGCCACUAACCCACACAUUCAGUAGACAUCAGGUGCCACAUCCCACAUGCUUCUGUGGGGGGGGGUUUGGGAGGGGGGAGAAGAGCCAAGCCAGGCUUCAAAGGGUCUUCUCCCCCUCCACCUGGUACUGAUGGGGAAAGCAGAGUCUGCAUUGCACACACCCCAGCAAAAUCUGCUCCUGAGAUAUUACUACGUCCUGUAGCCAAUAAGGACCAGAACCUUAGUUUUUUUAAAAAGGAAAGAGGAAAGGAAGAAUAAUUAGAAUUGAGACAGGAGGGCAAAUUCUGUACCUACAACUACCAAAUUCCACUCCUGGGGGACACACAAGAAUUGAUAUAUUCCACUCCUGUAGAUAAGCUAUUAGGAUGAAAAAAGCAUCCUCCUAUCUUCCUAAUAUGUGGAUCUGUUCCUUGAAAGUCACCUUUACCUUCACCAACAAGUCUUGCCAUACCCCAAAUCUGUUUGAGUGUGUACUCAUAAGGACUAGAAUGUUGCUUUUAAAAGAAAAUACUGUAGAACUGAGAGUUGCAAUGGUCAGGCUGCUGAAUUCUGUCUGGCUCUGGCCCAUUUACACCCCCCCUCCUUUGUCUCCCUGUCUGGGGUGGGGGUGGGGAGUGUCUGCUCUCUUCCUCCUCUCCCCCCCUCCUGAUGAAACCAAGUUGUUUGAAUGCUGCCUCUCCUCCCCCCCUCCCUCAGCCCAGCCCUGUUAACCAGCCCAGCUGUAUGCUAAUGGAGAGCAAACACCACUUCAGCCUCCAGCUUGCAUUAAGUUGGCUGCAAGAAUCUAUUGUUAACCAGCCCCUUGCUUCCCUACCCCCUGCCAGCUACAUUCUUCAAUGGGGGGGGGAGACCACAAAGCAAGCUGGAGUGAAUGAUGUUUGGGCGCAGGCUGACAGCUCAGAUUGUACUCCCCCUCCCCAUCUCCUUUUGUGUGCGUCCCCCUUUUUGCUUUUAACUAUUUUUUUGUGGGGGGUGCAUCUGGCUGCUGUUUCUUCCUUCCCUCCCUCCCUUUUCUGUCCUUUGUUCUGUGUUGCUCUGAAUUAUUUGAGAUUCCCCCGCCCCUCCCAACAGGCAGCACACACAGACAGGCAACAGAUGCCAGGAAUUACCUGUGUCAAUAAGGAAGUGCAGCCAGGCAGGUGGCAGGGCUCAGAAGGCGGGGCAGAGACUGCUCCCUUGGCUCAGGUUCACCUGGCAGUUGGAGCUGAAUCAGUUGUAGGCGAAGGGGGGCUGUUUUGUGGUUCUUGUUCUCCAUCAUGCUCAGGGGGCAGGUGCGGCAAAGCCUUGCAGUAUGGAGAGGGGCAUCUGGGCAGGACUUUGGGGGCAGGGGCCUGCGACCCCUCUUGGUAGAAUGAGCAGCCUGCCGGCCUCAUAAAUGCAGCACAUUUUGAGGGGUGAAGGAAUGCACAUUCCUAUCCAGGUUGCAUUUACAGAGCAGUUUAUUCUGUCGCCCCGGCUGUAAAUUUGCGCACCGUGCUUGAGAUUUCGCACAGCGUGAAAGCCGCUUCUGCAAAGCCAGAAGGAUAUUGUGGGAGUUUUGGAGUGCGAAAAGAGCAGGAAAGCACCACAGCAAAGUUCUGUAGGCUUGCGGAAGGCUUGGACCAGGGGUCAGCAACCUUUUUCAGCUAUGGGCCGGUCCACUGUCCCUCAGACCUUGUGGGGGCCCAGACUAUAUUUUGGAAAAAAAAUAUGAACGAAUUCCUAUUCCUCACAAAUAACCCAGAGAUUCGUUUUAAAUAAAAGCACACAUUCUACUCAUGUAAAAACGCACUGAUUCCCGGACCGUCCGUGGGCCAGAUUGAGAAGGCGAUUGGGCCGCAUCCAGCCCCCGGGCCUUAGGUUGCCUACCCCUGGCUUGGACUGUGCUAUUGCAACAUAUGCUCUUAGUAUGCAGAUGUAUUAAUUUUGAAUGUUUCUGGGACAGCUCAGUUAGUAGACAUGAGAUUCUUCAUCUCAAGGUUGUGGGGGGUGGACUAGAUUGACCCUCGUGGUCCCUUCCAACUCUACAAUUCUGUGAUUCUGCGGAUACCAGUUGCUCAGAGCUGCAGGAGGCAAGAAUGCACAGGCAUCUGGUCGGCCACUGUGAGUACAGGAUUAUGGACUUGAUGGGUCAUUGGCCUGAUUCAGAGGUGGUUCCUAUGUCCUAAUGUGCUCAGGCUGAAGGGCGCAGGAGGUGGUGCUUGGAGGAGCAAUGCUGAAUAGGUUGUGUGUGAGAGACACAAGACUGAAACAUCUACUCAAGGGCACUUCAUGAAAAUUGUUGGAGGCUGGUGGUGGGUGCGGUGUUUGCAUUCUCCUCUGUUACAUAUAAGAUCAUUUACCCCCCUUUCAGUGCAUGGUUUCUCUUUCUCCACCCCAAGCCACCGGCAAGAAUAAGAAAAUUCCAAAAAGUUGAUUGCCAUUGUCUUGAAACCUCAGGGCAACCAACGCCCUACACAAAAGGGGGAAGUGAGCUCAGGCAAAUAUUUCUCUUGCCUGAACUGCAUUUUUAUAGCCGGGUAGAUGUUAGAAAAUCUGGGUGCAUUCAUUCCAUCCAAAUCCAGUGCUUGGUCUCUGGGCCAAUGACUGGAUAGAACAAUCUUUUUAUUUCUAGGUAAUAAAAUCCAACCUUGCUGCAAAAUUGCAUGUUGGCGUUUUUGCAGAUUAGAUUAGGUUGCACCAAUUUCCAGCAAGGUGAGACAUGGUUGUUUGCACAGUGUUAGCUAGAAAGGUUUGGGGACGUUCAAAAGUGACAGUGGUUCAGAUAAAACUUUUAUUAUUAUUAUUUUAAAAAUCUCCCUUUCUCUUUUAGACAUUUAUCUUCACGGAUGGUGAGGACGAAGAACUGAAGAAGAGGACAGGUGAGCUGGUUGAAUGCAUUUUGGCAGAUGGGGAAGGGAGCUUCUUAAAUAUAGCUUCAUCUGGAGGCUGUUCAUGGGAGGGUGAAGGAAGAUAACCUCCUGCUCAUUAACUCUCUGGAGUUGCUGGGGGGGAGAGGGGGGACUUACUCAGCUAUUUAUUAAGCCGCCCUUCCCCUGCCCUUGGGAGACUGGAUCAGAUCAGUCUAUUCUUAUGCUAAUGCCUCUAUUCAUGAUUCCCCUCAAGACAUCCCAGAGAGUAACAGGUGGCAGCUGAUGGGAAAAUGCUGGUUGAAUAGGCAGAUGAGAGCCUCUCCUUAGCCCCCCAGCCCAACAGAGUCCAGUUUGCAUGGAAGGCUUUCUCCCCCUCUCUGAGUUAACACUCAGUGGAGUGAAACAGCCUAGCAGCCUUUAGAUGCAGCCCGUAAUCCCUUCUUCCCUGACAUUUGUUUAUCCAAAGAAUUUUUUAUCCUGCUCUUCAGCCAGAAAAAAGGCUCCCAGAGCAAUGUACAAAUUACUGAAAGGGAAAGGGGGGGGGGAGAGAAAGACAGGCUUCUAGUCUUUAAAAAAAAUAAAGGCAUGGCACAAAAAGAAAGUGGAGGGGAGGGAGGAGGAGAUAAACAAACUCAAGUUCCGAGUUGCAGGUUCUUCUAGCGACUUGCUGGGGUGGGAAGUAUGAGGGGAGAAGGUUUUCUCACACGGAGGGCCAUGUUUGCAUCAUGGAUUGGAGAGUUGGAAGGGGACCCUGAGGGUCAGUCCCCAGUAAAAAGGUAAAGGGACCCUGACCAUUAGGUCCAGUCGUGACCGACUCUGGGGUUGCGGCGCUCAUCUCGGUUUAUUGGCCAAGGGAGCCGGCGUACAGCUUCCGGGUCAAGUGGCCAGCAUGACUAAGUCGCUUCUGGCGAACCAGAGCAGUGCACGGAAACACCCGUUUACCUUCCCGCUGGAGCGGUACCUAUUUAUCUGCUUGCACUUUGACGUGCUUUCAAACUGCUAGGUUGGCAGGAGCUGGGAGCUCACCCCGUCGCAGGGAUUCGAACUGCCUACCUUCUGAUCAACAAGUCCUAGGCUCUGUGGUUUAACCCACAGUGCCACCCGCGUCCCUCAGUCCCCAGUACACCUGGUUAAAAAGGAUCCAGUAACAGGGCAGAGCCAGCAAUGAGCCAGCGGUUAGAUUCAGCAGAAGACAGCUUUAUAUGUUAGUAGGGUUGUGGUUGUGCUCUUGCGAAGCAUUUUGUUGAUGUAUUUAUAUUUCCAAGCAAGGCACAAACUUGUCAGGCAAGCCAUGUCCUUCCAUUCAUUCUUCCUCCUCUCUCCUUCAGGGAACGUCAUCAACACCAAUUGCUCCGCUGCCCACAGCCGCCAAGCCCUGUCCUGCAAGAUGGCCGUGGAAUAUGACAAGUUCAUCGAAUCUGGGAGAAAGUAAGCGCAGGGAGUGGGCCAAGGGGGAAAGGCAACUUCUUUAAGCCAGUGUAAGGAGGGGCAAUGCAGAGGGUGUGCUCUGCAGGCUGAUGGGGAUCUCCAACUAGGCAGGAAGGGCCCAUAGCUCAGGGGCAGAGCAGCAGGUCCCGGGUUCAAAUUCUGACAUCUCCAGGUGAGAAUGAGAAUUUUCCUCUGUGCAGGCAGUACUGAGAAAGAGGAACCAAUGGGCUGGCUCUGUAUAAGGCAGCUUCCUACGUCUUUGCUUGAAUAGGUCCCUUUCCCAGUUAGUUGUCCUAAGUGAUGUUCAGAAUUAAAACCACCAGUAAAAGCAUUUUAAAAAACGGCAACCUUAGAUAAGGGCUGCCAUUGUUAACCAGCUGAGGAAAGGGUCCUUUUUAAGGCAGGCAUGGCCAAACUUGGCCCUCCAGAUGUUUUGGGACUACAGUUCCCAUCAUCCCUGAUCACUGGUCCUGUUAGCUAGGGAUGAUGGGAGUUGUAGUCCCCAAAAACAUAUGGAGGGCCAAGUUUGGCCAUGCCUGUUUAAGGAGUUGAGUGGCCUACACCUGGGGAAAUCCAGCAUGGAUCCAGAAUGCUUUCACAGCUGAGCAGUGAGAGACUUUUUUGCCUCAUGAAGCUGCCUCUUGAUAGGCAGAACAACCAGUUCCUGUUUAGAUAAAAACUGUUUGUAUAUAUAAAUACCUAUAAAUAGUUAGAGCUUCAUAGGUACCAACCCAGGAAAAUUAAGCAAUUGAAAUCGAUCGUGAAUUCAUUAAGACUCCUGGUGUAAACAUACAAAAGGAAAUAAUUCGGUUUGGUUCUUAAGGCUGAUGUUUAAGCGUGUGAUAAAGGAGUGUCCCCAAAUUUGCUUACAGAUCUGAAAUAAAAGGUCUGUAUUUCUGUUCUUUUCUUUUAUUAUUCGUUCUUGGACUGUUUUUAAUCCCAGCAAUAAAAAUAAAGCCAAGACACUCCUGUUUUGCACUAAAAUUUGAAAAUGCCUUUUGGCUAGGAAUCCUGGUCAACUCAUGACAAACCAAAGUUGAAUUUCUUUGGCCCCCUCCUAACCUGUUCCCCUCUCGUUGUCGUUUGAUGCAUCAGGUGGUUUUGCCACAUGGACGAUGACAAUUAUGUCAAUGUUCGAGCGCUGAUCAAACUGCUCUCCAGUUAUCCUCACACGCAAGACAUCUACAUCGGAAAACCAAGCCUGGAUCGGCCCAUCCAGGCCACAGAGAGGAUUAGCGAGAACAAGAUGGUAAGCGAACAGGGGAGCUGAAGAAAAAUAAUUUCACUUAGACCAUAUUCGCAUACCCCAUACAUUUAAAGCACUAUGAUACCACUUUUAUACAGUUGAUUCUUCAACUCUCAGGUAUCUAUAGAAAAUGAUUCAAAACAUCCAAUCCUGUGGGAAUAUUCAGGGAGGCAGGAGAAGGAUAUAUUGCUUAUUAAUAUCCUUCCUAACUUGCACUAGCAAGUUCUAUAAUUUAGCAGAGUUUGGCAUUCCCCUUUUUAAACGUACAGCAGAUAGCUGGUUGCAGGCUUAAGCCUUUCACUAUUAGGUUCCUGGUAAGUUCCCUUAUGGGACGCGGGCGGCGCUGUGGUCUAAACCACAGAGCCUAGGGCUUGCCGAUCAGAAGGUUGGUGGUUCGAAUCCCCUUGACAGGAUGAGCUCCUGUUGCUCGGUCCCUGCUCCUGCCCACCUAGCAGUUCGAAAGCACGUCAAGUGCAAGUAGAUAAAUAGGUACCGCUCUGACGGGAAGGUAAAUGGUGUUUCCAUACGCUGCUCUGGUUUGCCAGAAGCGGCGUAGUCAUGCUGGCCACAUGACCUGGAAGCUGUCUGUGGACAAACGCCGGCUCCCUCGGCCUAUAGAGCGAGAUGAGUGUGCAACCCCAGAGUCAUCCACAACUAGGCCUAAUGGUCAGGGGUACCUUUACCUUUACUAAGUUCCCUUAUAUCCCUCUUAGAAGAAUGAACACACCACAAUCUUGUGUAAAGUACAUAAAAGAAGUUUACUCACAUCAUCAGUUCACAUUUGGAUCCCUGAAGGCAGACUUAGUUACAUAUACAUGUGGGUCUGUCCCAUAUGGAGAUAGUCCCUUUGUCCUCUGUUGGCUGAAAGCUGAGCCAACAGAGCAUCUCUAGCUAAAAAGCUGCUGGUCCAAUGACAGAGGAAGUCAAAGAGGGAGGGGGUGCUGCGUGCCUUGUCCUUUUGUUACCUGGACAGGUAAGGUCAUGCCCACCUCUAGUCACAUGCUAAAGGCAGUAUGUCCUAGUCAGGAGGAAAAAGGAAGUUUUCGACUGACUGGACCAAACAUUCCCCUGCAUGUCCACUCUAGGAAAACAAGGAAUGUUGUACUUGACUGCUACUUGUCUACCACAUCCCACAAAUCCAAGAUGACACCCAACACAUUCCACUUUCUCUAGACAAGUAUUUUCUUCAGUCUUCUGGAUUGGUUUUGACUCUUGUCUCUCUUCUUGCCCCACACAGCAUCCGGUCCACUUCUGGUUUGCCACGGGGGGCGCUGGUUUCUGCAUCAGCCGUGGGCUGGCACUAAAGAUGAGCCCUUGGGCAAGGUGAGCAGUUGACAUUUGGAGGGUGCUGUGUUUGCUACCCUGAGCUCUCAGAUCACUCCUAUUUAUGCCUUAGCUGGUCAUGAACAUGAGUGCUCAUUCCCACCUUGCAAAUGUAAAACACAUCGGUGGGGCAGGGGAUAUUUUUUUGGGGGACCACCUAAGAAAGAGGUCAGCCCACCCCUUUCCUUUCUAUUGCAGUUGUUAGAAUUAUAUUUGUUACUAUUUAACACCCAUAAAGCACCUAAUAUUUUCUUAAGUGCUGUACGUGUAAUAGACGUUGCACAGUCGUACCUCGGAAUCCGUUCCAGAAGUCCGUUCGACUUCCAAAACGUUUGGAAACCAAAGCGCGCAUUCUGAUUGGCUGCAGGAAGCUCCUGCAGCCAAUCGGAAGCCACGCCGGACGUUCGGCUUCCGAAAACCGUUCGAAAACCAGGACACUCACUUCCGGGUUUCGAUCGUUUGGGAGCCAAGGCGUUUGAGAUCGAAGGUACGACCGUACAGGGGAAUUCCCCGCUUAUGUGAGGGUUCAAUUCUGGGUUCCCCUGCAAGUCCUUUGCCCCCUCGUGGUGCCAGAAAACAGUGUGCCCAUUGGCAGUCAUACAUGCGCAGGGAGGUGCCUGUAGAUGUUUUUUUAAAAAAGCCGUAUGUAAUAUUGAGGGUUUUUAUGUUAUUUUUCAUAUUUAAAAAAAUAAGGUUUUGGUAAAUUGGGGUGGGGGAAAGCAAUUCUCCUCCUAUCUUCGUUAGGGAGCCUUGCCCGUUGUUAAGUCCCCCACCAUACCAAAGUCUUGCUUCUUCCACAAUCCUCUACAGCGGCGGACACUUCAUGAGCACUGCAGAAAAGAUUCGCCUCCCGGACGACUGCACCAUCGGCUACAUCAUAGAAUCUGUGCUGGGGGUGAAGCUGAUCCGAAGUAAUCUCUUCCAUUCCCAUUUAGAGAACCUCCACCAAGUGCCCAAGACAGAGAUUCAUGUUCAGGUAAAAAACAAGAAAGAAUAGACCAGUGUUUCCCAAACUUAAGCGUGAUUGUGUACCCCUUUAGAGUGUUUUCGUCUUGCCAGCGUAUCCCUUCCCGGGUGUGGAUAAUUUGAGGGCAGUUUCAAUAAUGCUAUUGUUUUCUGGGGGGGGGGGAGCUAUGGCAAAGUAAAAUAAAAAAUCCAGCUGAGAAAUGCUUAGGCAUACGUCUGUCCCUGAAGAUGCCUGAGACAUAUUAAAAUAAAAAUCUGUGUGUGCCUGGUGGCUUCCCCCCCCCCCCGCCCAACGCCACGGUGCUUUACAAUAUCUACGCUCCUUCCUGCCCGUUCCAGUUGUCAUGUUACAUGGGAACUGUGAGCACUGGGUGUGGGUAGGGCAUGUGCACACAUCUUUGCGUGCUGCUCGCGGCUGCACUGUCAGUAAUAUCCAAGGCAACACGACGACCAAGUACAACAAUGCAAUAUCAAUAUAAACUCUUUAUAUAGUCUAUACGGAACAUUGAACAAUAUGAGAAACCAAAUAAACAGAAAUCUUAUAAAUCUCUGAAAGUCUUUGUAGACUAUGCAAAUCUCUGAAAGAAGCAAUGGGUCAGAUUCUUAUCUGAUGAGAACAAGCCGUAAAGCUGUUUUAUGACGUCCAACGCUGCCGAAGUGGUCCACAAACAGACGUAGUGAACAGUGAUUCUGGAUAUGCCCACUGUUUCAUGGAAUUCUUCUUCAGCACAGCAGAAGGAUACAGAAAUGCUUCAUAAACCCAUCUGUAUGGUGAAUGGAAUUCUAUAACAACAAUAUCUAUGGAGCAGUGGUCAUAAAGGGUUGUACUUGGUCAUCGUGUUGCCUUGGAUACUACUGACAAUUGUUUGCAACAUAGGUGUUUAAUUGUUUGGUUACUUGUGGCUGCACUGUGUCAGAAUUAUCCUCAAACAGAAGUUUUCAGUGGUGCUGCUUUAAAUCACAGGGGUCCAGUGUCUAAAAACUGGGACCCCCAACAUGGCAACUGUGGGCACCAUGGUACCCUCAGACACCCCAUGAUGCCCUCCUAGCUCCCUUGCUCAUUACUAUUUUUAAUUUUUUUAAUUAAGCUCUUUUGGCUCUUGUUUGGUUGGCAGGGGCUGGAGGGGUUGUUAUUUUGUCUGUGUUACAUUUUGUGGUUGGCACAGGCUUUUGCCAAUUUGGGGGAAGGGCUUCCUAUCAGUUUUUCCUUCUGUGAAAUGUGUGUGUGUGUGUGUGUGUGUGUGUGUGUGUGAGAGAGAGAGAGAGAGAGAAUGAAUGAAUGAAUGAAUGAAUGAAUGAAUGACACAUGGAAAUCUUAGGAGCUUUAAACAUAUAUACAGCCUAGGACCCUCGUACCUAGAAUCAUAGAAUCAUAGAGUUGGAAGAGACCACGAGGGCCAUUGAGUCCAACCCCCUGCCAAGCAGGAAACACCAUCAGAGCACUCCUGACAUAUGGUUGUCAAGCCUCUGCUUAAAGACCUCCAAAGAAGGAGACUCCACCACACUCCUUGGCAGCAAAUUCCACUGUCGAACAGCUCUUACUGUCAGGAAGUUCUUCCUAAUGUUUAGGUGGAAUCUUCUUUCUUGUACCUGCGGGACUGCCUCUCCUGGUAUGUCCCACAGAGGACCUUACGGUCUUCAAAUAAAAACAUCUUGGAGGUCCUGGGCCACAGGGAGGUCAGACUGGCUUCAACCAGAGCCAGGGCUUUUUCGGCCGUGGCCCCGGUCUGGUGGAACACUUUGUCACAAGAGACUAGGGCCCUGCGGGACUUGACAUCUUUCUGCAGGGCCUGCAAGACAGAGCUGUUCCGCCUGGCCUUUGGCCAAGGCACAGUCUGACCCCCUCCUUCUGUAAUCCUCAUAGAACUCUAGCCCAAUGGUUGCCAUUAAUUUGAUUUUGAAUUGAUUUUAAAUUGAAUUGAUUUUAGAAUGCUGUGUUACUUUUAUUGUUGUUAGCCGCUCUGAGCCCGGCUUCGGCUGGGGAGGGCGGGAUAUAAAUAAAAUUAUUAUUAUUAUUAUUACGUUAUAUAUGUUUAAAGCUCCGAAGAUUUCCAGAUGUAUUCUUUCUUUGUUCCCAACAUGUCGGGAACCUUAAGUCUUGAGAGAAAGAUCUUAAUUCAGCCAAGUCGACAUACGAGCCCCUUCCUCAUUUCAUCAAGUCAAUCUUUGUGUGCUCUCUCUCCCCUGCCCAGGUGACCUUGAGCUAUGGAAUGUUUGAAAACAAGAGGAACUCCAUCCAUAUCAAGGGAGCUUUCUCUGUGGAGGAGGAUCCGUCCAGGUGAGCAGCGGGUGUCCCUCCCCUCGUGCAUACUAGUUAUUUGUUUAGAGAUGUGGAUCAGUUGAAACAGUCCCUAUCUACAGGUUUGCAUUCUGAAAAUAUACACGACACGCAAGGGGAAAGGGACAGUGAGGGAAGAGCUUCCCAUCUCCACUUGGCUGAGAGACGGGCCAUAUUCACACCACACUUUUAAAGCACUAGAGCAGGCAUAGGCAAACUCUGGCCCUCCAGACGUUUGGGACUACAAUUCCCAUCAUCGCUAGCUAACAGGACCAGUGGUCAGGGAUGAUGGGAAUUGUAGUCCCAGACAUCUGGUGGGCCAGAGUUUGCCUAUGCCUGCACUAGAAUAUCACUUUGAGCAACUGUGGCUCCCCCCCCCAAAGAAUUCUGGGAGCUGUAGUUUAUCAAAGGUGCUGAGAGUUGUUCGGAGGCUCCUAUUCUUCUCCCAGAUCUACAGUUCCUCUGGGAGAGGAAUUGAUUGUUAAACAGCUCUGGGAAGAGAUUGGGGCCUCCUAACAACUCUCAGCACCCUUGAUAAACUACAGCUCCCAGAAUUCUUUGGGGGGGGAAGCCAUGGCUGCUUGAAGUGGUAUCAUAGUGCCUUAAAUGUAGGGUGUGAAUGCGGCCAAAUCUCUUAGCCUAACCUACCUCAAAGGGUGAUCGUCGGGAAUAAAAUAGGGCAGGGGAAAGAGACAAAGAACCACAAGCUCUUUAAAGGGGAAAUACUGGAUCUGAAAGCUAUAGAUAAAUUGCUCUAUAAUUAGAAAGGUGCCCCUGAUUUUCAUCAGGAAACAGGUUUUAAACCUGCUUGAACCACCCCCUGGCUAAACGUUACAGCCCUAAUCAAUACUGUGCCACUGAUGAUGGGGAUUAUAAUUUUUGGGAUGUCGCUGAUAUACCCCCUUCUCCUCUCUCUCUCAGGUUCCGUACCGUCCACUGUAUGCUGUAUCCGGACACUCCAUGGUGCCCUCGCAAUGCAGUUUACUAAGAGACAAGGUGUCCCCUUCUUAACCUCGUCCCGAGUUUUCCCGGUAUCCGAAGAGCUCGUGGGACCUGUGCAUUUGCGUGUGUGUUUGUUUCCUUUGCUGUGAGGCUGUUGGCGCUUAAUUACUGUGGUUAAUUCACAGUGUGCGUGUGUUUUAUAGGCUGCUGUGCGGCCCCUUCUUCUCUCAUCCGGCCCUGAGAUGCUGAGACGUUUUUGGGCUCCCCCUGCUAUUUGCCCCUGUUGAUGGGGCAAGCGGGUUUUACUCUGGGCAAGAAGGAACUGCCCUUACAACCCUCAUUUCUUAGGUGAGUGGUUCUGGCUGUUUGUACAGGUGUAAACUGACCGAAAACCCCCACCUGAACAAGCAGCCUGGGCAUUUCUGAAUAUUGCUUUCCAGUGUUCUUGUAAGAAGUUGUUUGCUUUUCCACAACUACCAUUACUGCUGUGUUCCCCACCCCCACCCCCACCCUUGCUGCUGAAUUUGUAAAAGCAGUGUUUGAAUGGAUGAACGAAAACACAGGGUGCAAUUCAGCCCAGAGUUAAAGCACUAAAGGAAAGAAACAAAAUCAAAACCCAUGGACUUCAUGGGGAAAAACUGAGCAUCUUCAUAGAUCUCACCCAUUAACGAUCAAUUGGGUGCUUCCCAAGUGCCAAACACUGAGCUGGGGUAUGCCUUAAAUCGGUGGCAGAGAACCUAUGGCCAUGUCCCAGGUGUGCUUCAACUCCCAACCAAGAAGCCCAGCAGCCAACAUGGCCAAUGGGCAGAGAUGAUGGGGAACUGAAUCUAGCAACAUCUGUAGGACCACAGGCUAGCCACCCGUUGCCUUAAACCAGGUGCAGGGAAUCUGCAGCCUUCCAGAUGUUGGUGAAAUGCAACUCUCAGUCAGCAAGCAUAGCCAGUGAUGAUGGGAGUUGUAGUUCAUCAACAUCUGGGGUUCCAUGGGUUCUCUGCACCUGCCUCAAACCUUUCACUGCUUUCCCCUCUCCAUCCUUGAUUCCUAAACACCCCUUUAAUUGUUCCUCCCUGCUUAUUAGGCUCCGGAUAACUUUUCAGAUGAAGGUUUACAAACUAAAGUUUGUAAUUUUUAAAAAAUGCUCCUUUUUUGGAAUUUCCCCCCUCUCCAUAGUGAAUGAGUGCGUGAGUGUGUUCUGUAUUUUAUACAUAUAAUGCUCAGUUUUCUGAACUGUUGCUUCUAGAGCUGGUCCCUUGGACUCCCAGCUUUUAUGGUUGCACUGAAGGGAGAAAGUCUGGACUCAGCCUCUUGGCAAACUCUACUUCCUUGCCUACAGCUCAAUUGUACGAGGAUUUAUGCUCCACUGAAUAUGGUGGGGACUUCCUUGGAAGUAAACAGGCGUAGGAUUCAGUGUUUCUCAAACUUGGGUACCCAGCUGUUGUUGGACUACAACUCCCACCAUCCCUAGUGAUCUGGUGGGAGUUGAUGAUGGGAGAUGAUGGGAGUUGUAGUCCAACAACUGCUGGGGACCCCAAGUUAGAGAAACACUGAGUUAGCUUUAUAGAAGCACUGUAAUGUUUAGCAGCAUAAUUUUACAUACGUUUACUUGGAAGGAAGUCUGGGGUUGUCGAUAGGGACUUAGCCCCAGGUAGGAUUGUGAAUUCCAUACAAGUGACUUCUCUCUUCCUUCAGUGCAACAUCUUUUGCCCACCUGACGUUUCCUCUGGAGCAUCUUCUCCAGGGGCGAUUAAAAAACAUCUUACCUGGUUGUCUCUCCUGUUGAUGCGGAGACUGCUGCUCUAGCCCAAGCACUCAACAAGAGGUCACAUUCUCGUACGCAAGUAUCCAACCUCUUGUGCAAAAACCAGGGGAGUGUUUGCUUCCUGGAUUCUUGGGCAUGUUCAGAGAACUGUAAGCUUCCAUUCCAAAUGGGAAGGAAAAAGAAUUGGCCCACACUGGGUAGUGUUUGUAAAUAUCUUAUUGCAACAGUGUUAUUUACUGUGCCCUUUUUGUGUAGAUUUGUAAAUUGUGGAUUUUUUAUUAAAUAUUUUUUUCCUGUGGAUCAGAAAAAAAAUAAUUUUAUAAAAUCUGUUUUUUAAAAAAUGAAAUGGGGAGGGCCAGGGCAUCUUUUGUGACUAUCACUUAUCCUUAAUUUAUAUGUCCCAGUAUCUGGGAAUUUGUUUGGGGUGUGUGUAUGUAUGUUGUGUGUGUUUUUAAAUGAGGGAAAUAGAGGGGGGGGGAAUAUAACAAGGACAAAUGUUCUCAGGGAAUUAAACCUGAUUGUUACCAUGGAAACUGUGGUAACCAUCCUUUAUUUGCUGUUAAUAAAGCAGUUUUUCGGCUGAUUAA